AUGAAGUUCACUGCAAUCUCUCUCGCGGCCUGGGCUGCUCUGGUCAGCUCCACCGCCAUCGAUGUCAACAAGAGAGCUUCUGCUCUAGAGGUCACGCUGGAGGCUGUUGGCAACAGCAAGGUCAAGGCAUCUGUUACCAACACUGCCUCCCAAGGAUACAACCUCUUCUACAAAGGGUCUUUCCUUGACAGCAGUGCACCCGUGGACAAGUUUGUGGUUUCCAGCAGCUCCGCACGAGCUGCCUUCAACGGCGUCCUCCUGCGAGUAGCAACCUCUGACAGUGUCCUCACUGCCGAGAACUUCGUCGCCAUUGAAGCUGGCCAGACCAUCUCCACCGAAGUCGACCUCGCCGAGCUCUACGAUGUCGAAACAACAGACUCCUACACCAUCCAAGCCCAAGGCGCCCUCCCCUACGCUGAACUCGGUGCCACCAACCUCACCGGCUCCGCUCUCCCCUUCACCAGCAACCAACUCGCCAUGACCAUUGACGGCGCACAAGCCAAAACCGUCGCCUACGCCAUCGCAGCCACCACCUCUCUCGAGAAACGCACCCGUCUCCAAUCCUGCUCCUCCUCCACCCGCCUCUCCACCCUCCACACCGCCCUCUCCAACUGCGCCCGCCUCGCCACCACAGCCGCCACCGCCGCGACCUCAGGCUCCUCCUCCAAAUUCCAAGAAUACUUCAAAACCACCUCCUCAUCCACCCGCUCCACCGUCGCGGCCCGCUUCCGCGCCGUCGCCUCCGACUGCUCUUCCACCUCGUCCGGCAGCACCACGACCUACUGCGGCGAUGUUUACGGGUACUGCGCUUCAGGAGUCCUCGCGUACACCAUCCCGUCGCUGAACGUCAUCGCUUACUGCGAUUUGUUCUAUACGGCUCUGCCUGGUUUGACGGGUACGUGUCAUGCGCAGGACCAGGCGACCACGGUGUUGCAUGAGGAGACGCAUGCCCCUGCGGUGUACUCGCCCGGGACGGAUGAUUAUGCGUAUGGGUAUUCGGCGGCGCAGCAGUUGAGUAGUGCCCAGGCGGUGUUGAAUGCUGAUACGUAUGCGCAGUAUGCUAAUGCGCUUUACGUGGGGUGCUAG